AUGACUGAAAAGAUUCUAUUCUACGUAUACCGCGACUCUGGAACAUCAUCAGAAAGCCUCAUCCGUUCUCUCGUAGAAGAACUCAAGAACUUUGUGUUUAGUGGUCGAGGAAUUUCGUUCACUUCAAAAGGAUACUCGGGAAUUCCACUCCUUGGGGAGCUGCACAUUGACUCGCCCGAAGACGACAUUUGGAAGGUUCUAGCGGUUCUUUUCAAAAUCAGUGCUAUAGAAGAGGGACUUAUUUUUAAAGUGCACACCGAGGACUACGAUCGGAAUCCGUUGGUUGUGGAGGCUAGAAAAAGCGACGUGCUGCCGGACUGGGCCAAGACAACGAAGAUUUUUGCGGAGAAUGUAUUUGGCAUGAACGGCGUGAUUCAUCUAAUCUCACCGACAGUCACCGAAAAGUUCCCGAAGCGUUCGCAGGUCGACACACUACGUGCAGUGCCAAACAAAACUAGGAAUAUUCUGGUUACAGAAUCGCUUAGUGAAGUAAGUCUGGGGGAUAACCGUUCUUUUUUUUUUUUGAAAUCCGCUACACCUAAUUAUAUGACUGGUUUUGGACAACCUAAGCUGAAUUCGGCGGCUUCGAGAAACUUUGGUAUGCAUAACACCAGCAUCAAUGUGCCCGCUUCAAUGGCGUAUGUGGCCCGCCAGCGUCCGGAUAUUCUAAGUCUCGCUAUCCGAGAGUUCAUCGGAUUGGACGAGAACAAGAUCAAGGAGCUCGAGAAGAGACUCGCCGACGAACAAGAUCGAGUGAUGAUUCAUACGAGCAUCAAUGAUACGGAUUGGAAGGAAGUCACUGCCGUAGCGGAUAUCGAAUCUCCAACUGACAUCGUCUCUCACCGUGUCUCCCUAGCUCUACUAGCUUUUGAUGAGAAGCAUGCUUCAAUUCCAAAUGGAGUUGCAGUACCAGUCAGUGGCCUAUUCCAAAAAGUUGGCGAUCGCUUUGAACGCGAGCAUUUGGAAUCGCUGCGUGCUCAGUUUUUCGGAGCACCUCAAUCGGCCACUCACCUUUAUCAAACUGCAAAAGCUUUGGUCACCGGGAAUCACAUCCAGGAGUGCCGUAAAAUUUUUGUUGAUGAAGGAUCAACCAGCAAUCGAGAAUCAGACUGCUCCGCCAACGAGGAGGAUAACAGCAAUGUGAAAUAUGCGAAGAAACAGGUGUUCAAGAAAAAGAAGAGGAGUGGAAACUACGGAAAAAAGCGGGAGCUUGCGGCGAUUAUCGACCACUCUAUUGCUCCCGAACUGCCGAACGAACCGGAAUACCAGCCGCCCGACAAUUCGGCGUUCUUGAAAAAGUUUGAGCGAGCGGUGAACGGUGAUGAUUAUUAUAAGGCCUCUUCUGACGAGUACUCAUUGGGUGAGGAGGAAGAUCUCGACUUGUUCAUGGCAAAACCACGUAAGAAGGUGUUAGAGGAGAUGAAGAACAAGAAUAAGAUCAAGUUGGGGAUCAAAGUUGCCGAGAAGCUGCCUACAGUAACCGAUGAUGAGGAGAUUGAUGUGGCUGAUAUGCUUCGUGCAGCACCGCCGAUUGCGGAUGCCGAGGAUUUUGAAGAUUUCGAUGAUAUUUGA